AAUGCAGCCUCCCGCCGGCGGAGCAAGAUGAGCACGGGCAGCCCGAGGAGCAGAGUCCGGCCCCCGCCCCAUGAUCUUAGUGAGGAGGAUGCUGCAGCAAGCUCUUCGAGUGUCCGGCCGGAGCGCCUUCCCCCUGGUCAAGUGGAUGGAGAGGUGGGCCGAGGGCGCGUCCGUGGGUCCCGAGGCGACCGAGCGGAAGGCGGCGAGGACGCUGGAGGACAUGCCCGGACCGUCGCUCGUCAGCUUCGCGUGGGACCUGUUCGCCAAGCGAGGACUGUCACGACUGCACGAGUUACAGCUGGAGGGCGUGCGGCGCUACGGCCCCGUGUGGAAGGCCAGCUUCGGCCCCAUCCUGACGGUGCACGUGGCCGAGCCGGCCCUCAUCGAGCAGGUGCUGAGGCAGGAGGGCCAGCACCCCAUGCGCUCGGACCUGUCCUCCUGGAAGGACUACAGGAAGCUGAGAGGGCACCACUACGGGCUGCUGACGGCGGAGGGGGAGGAGUGGCAGGCGGUGAGGAGCCUCCUGGGGAAGCACAUGCUGCGGCCGAAGGCGGUGGAGGCCUACGACAAGACGCUGAACAGUGUGGUCGGCGACCUCGUGGCCAAACUCCGCCUCAGCAGACGCCGCCGGGGCCUCGUCACGGACGUCGCCAGCGAGUUCUACCGCUUCGGCCUCGAGGGCAUUUCCUCGGUGCUGUUUGAAUCCAGGAUCGGUUGCCUGGACGAGGUGGUUCCCGAGGAGACCGAGCGCUUCAUCCAGUCCAUCAACACCAUGUUUGUGAUGACGCUGCUCACCAUGGCGAUGCCGAGCUGGUUGCACCAGCUGUUCCCCAAACCCUGGAAGGUCUUCUGUCAGUGCUGGGACUACAUGUUUAGCUUCGCCAAAGGUCACAUUGACCAGCGCAUGAAGGCCGAGGCGGAGCGGGUGGCCCGCGGGGAGACGGUGGAGGGCCGCUACCUCACCUACUUCCUGUCCCAAACCAAGCUGCCCAUGAAGACGGUCUACAGCAACGUCACAGAGCUCCUGCUCGCCGGAGUUGACACCAUCUCCAGCACCCUGUCCUGGACGUUGUACGAGCUGUCCCGUCACCCCGAGGUGCAGGCGUCGCUGCGGCGCGAGGUGCUGGACGUGAUGCAGGGCCGCCGCGAGCCGGAGGCGGCGGACGUGGCUCGCAUGCCGCUCCUGAAGGCCACGGUCAGAGAGGUGCUGAGGUUGUACCCUGUAAUCCCGGCUAAUGCGAGAGUGAUUCCUCAACGAGACAUCCAGGUUGGAGACUACCUGAUCCCCAAGAACACUCUGAUCACCUUGUGCCACUUUGCAACAUCACGGGAUCCGGACGUGUUCUCGGAUCCGGAUGAGUUCCAGCCGCACCGGUGGCUGAGGAAGGAGCAGGCCCACCACCCGUACGCCUCGCUGCCCUUCGGGGUGGGGAAGCGCAGCUGCAUAGGCCGUCGCAUCGCUGAGUUGGAGCUGUACCUCGCUCUGUCCAGGAUCCUAAUGGAGUUCGACGUGAAACCGGACCCAGAAGGGGCUUCUGUGAAGCCCAUGACACGCACGCUUCUGGUUCCUGAAAGUAUGAUUAACCUGCAGUUCAUUGAACGAUGACCCGUGCUCCGGAGCUGUCUGCUGCGUGGAGGUGCAAGCGAGUCCCUCUGAGGUCGGGGGGCACAGUUAUCUCAAGGAGCGCCGACCUGCUGCACACAGCCGGUUGGAUCGGAGCGGACCUUCAGCCUUUGGCCUUCAAUCUGUGGCCUUGUGCCUCUUUGAGGCCUUGCACGUACAGAAGGUCAAAUACGUGGGGCGAGAGGAAUGAUGGCUCAUGUGUGAGGCUUUGCACUGGGAGAACUGGAACUCCAGACGUAAUACUGGGCUUUGAAAGAAUACAGAAUGACAGUUGACCACUUAUUUGCACAGGGGCUAAUAACAAGCAGGUCAUCCACCGAUUCCUUUAAAAAAAUAAUUUUAUCCCUAAAUGCCAUAUAUGCUACUGGUGCAUUACACUCUGGACUGCACAUUCCUGUGCGGAUCAUUAACAGACCGUGGAGACGAUGUUUCCAAUAUGAGCAGCUCUUACUGAGCUCUUGUUAUCUAGGUAUAAUGUUCGCUAGUGUGUUCAUAAGGUGCUUACUGUGAGAAACCUGUAUUGACUGGUUCCUUCUUUUUUCAAAAAUUGGCAGCUGUUGAAAUUCUGGUGCCGCUGAAAUCCCACAACUAGGCCAUUCUGCACUCAGGGUUUGUGUUUGUGUUCAUAUUUUUUUGUUGUAUGUAACAAUUGUACAGUGCAGCACAAUGCAAGUGUGUCUGUCUUUUAAUAUUUGUAUGUCUGAACCUGCCACUUUGUAACAUAGCCAUAGUUUGUAAACUUGUACAGUUUGCAGUAUCUGAACUCUGUAUUUAUUAUAAUUUAACAUGUUAGCGCAAACGUCAAUAAAAGAAUAUUCAAGUUAAAUGUUCACCUGUGUCG